UGACUCCCCCAUGACAGAGCCACCGAUGACAACGCUGAUGCUGCAUGCUGCUUAUGUAACAGUCCUCCGCAGCUGAAGCGCUGCUCUGCUUUCACAUGAGACUGCAUCUUUGAGGAUGCAUGGAACCUGUUUCUGAAUAGCUUGAAGUAUGCAGUAACGUUACCACAAAAUGGAACUAACGUUAGUAAAGUGCGAAUACUUAUUACAUUAGCAACAAUGGCUAGCAGCUAGCUAGUUUAGAGGCUAAAUGCAGUUUAUUGGUUAGUGUUCGUUCUUCAGCUGCUCAACUGUUACUUUAAGCUAGCUCAGCACAAACAGCUAGCGAAGAAAUUGUUAUGUCUGGCAACCUAAAGGCACCGGUACUUCUCUCAGGAGUCGGUGGAGAUCAAAAAAGAGACAACAUGGCUGUGAAAGCUGGACCUACGUUUGCCAGACCAUUACAGGACAUGCAUAUCCAAAGUUUGUCAAAAUAGUUGAAGUGGGGCCAAGAGAUGGACUUCAAAAUGAGAAGGAAAUUGUUCCGACAGGGGUGAAAAUCCAGCUGAUAGACAUGCUCUCAGGGGCCGGCCUGCCUGUGAUCGAGGCCACCAGCUUUGUCUCUUCAAAGUGGGUACCGCAGAUGGCAGACCACAGUGAUGUGCUCAGAGGAAUUCAGAGAGCACCUCAUGUCCAGUACCCUGUUUUGACACCUAACUUGCAAGGCUUCCAGGACGCUGUUGCAGCUGGUGCUACCGAGGUGGCGGUGUUUGGGUCAGCGUCUGAGACCUUCAGCAAAAAAAAUAUUAACUGCUCGAUUGAUGAAAGCAUGCUGAGGUUUGAGGAAGUCAUUAACGCUGCCAGAGAGCGACAGAUUCCAGUGCGAGGAUAUGUCUCUUGUGCCCUUGGGUGCCCCCACGAGGGACACAUUGAACCUUCCAAAGUUGCUGAGGUGGCAAAGCGGUUGUAUGAAAUGGGCUGUUAUGAGAUUUCCUUGGGGGAUACCAUCGGGGUCGGUACGCCAGGUUCCAUGUUUAAGAUGCUGCAGAGUGUGAUGAAGGAGGUGCCCACCAGCGCCCUAGCAGUUCACUGCCAUGACACGUACGGGCAAGCGCUGCCCAACAUCCUGACUGCACUUCAGGAGGUCUGGGGGGGCUUUGUUACAAACCUACUCCUGGCAGGUCUCACAAUGACAACUGUUUUCUUUUGUCUCUGUCCAGGAAAUGUUCAAGCAUCACAGUCAGUAACUCUGUUUUACCAACAUCCAGAGACCUCUAUGGGGGUCUGCGUGGUGGAUUCGGCAGUGGCCGGCCUGGGAGGUUGCCCGUACGCUCAGGGUUCAUCCGGCAACGUUUCAACAGAGGAUGUUCUCUACAUGCUCCAUGGCAUGGAUAUUGAAACCGGUGUGAACAUUGCCAAAGUCAUAGAGGCCGGCGACUUCAUCUGCAGUGCUUUAUGCCGCGAGACAAACUCCAAGGUCGCCCGAGCAAAAGGCCGGACACUGUGAUUCAUUUCUGCAAAGGAAUACACUUACCUGUCUGACUCUGUUCCCUUUAAAGUGCUUCCCCUCUUGUUGCUGCCUUCCGAUUUGUUGCCUAUGCUUCCGUAUUUGAGACGUGUCGGUCAUAGUUUUUGACAUGUUUUCGUCAGAGGUAUCUCAUCCAAAUAAUCUGAAGAAUCAUCAAUUUAGUGUUGUUUUGUGGUCCAAAAUCAGCUCUUUCAGGCUCAGUUGCAUCCCUUUCAGUUAGUUACUACAUUGUGGAGUCUGUUUCUGACUGAAUGAUUGACUGGAUCUGUAACUUUGUGGUUGGCUUAUUUUUUUCUCUGUAUGGUUGGACAUUACAAACGAGAGGUCAUAUUCCCUGGAAAUAACUAGAGGCAGUUAACAGCCAAGACGGAUGUAUUGAACAAUACUCAAUUUUAAAACCUUCCCGUAUUUAGUUUUGGUUUUGACACUGAAUCUCUGUGAAGGUCAGCCACUUCUAUUACUUUGUGUAGCCCAGUGGCCUUACAGCAUAAUACUGUACAAAAGUGAGUUUAGUCCUCUAGACCAGCUGAACUCAAUUUAUUGUCACCUCAGAAACACCCACAUUGAAAAGCAGAGAAAACUGAUUUUAAAAAUAUUGCUUUUUGAAUAUGAAUAUAUUUUAAUGCACUUUACUUCUCCAAAGACCUCUUCAGCUUUUUGAUAUUGGGUGAAUAGCAAUUGGAACAAUAAAUAAAUAGAUAAAUAGAUGAAUCUCAAACUACCACAAAAAUAGCUGUUUAAAAAGAGUCUCUGAAGAAUUCCCGGCCUCAGGUUUUGCCAAAGAUCAAUGCAAAAGUGCCCCUCAAUCAUUUUUUUGUCCUUGAAUAAAAACAACAACAAAAAAAACAAAACUUUUAACCUGACAUAAGCUACUGUACAGGAGGAUUGUCUGUGUGUGUCUGUGUGUGUGUAAAACCAAAUGUGGUUGCAUUUUCUCAUGUCUUUUGAGAUCCUUCUGUGCUUUCUGUAAAUAUAAUAAAACAAUUCAAAAUGGGA